AUGGCCUACUCUAAUUCGACAACAAAGGUAUUCCACUACUUGUCGUCUUCGUCCCAAGAGGGUGGGGUGUUUACGCUCCUUGCGCAGGGGUUAUAUACAAGCAACUGCCUUACACAGAUCCGGCUAGUGAUAUCGGGUUGCGAGCUGCGACUUGUCACAGGCUCGACAGAUGGACACAUUGCAGUUUGGGAUUUAGCAGCGUCAAUCAAGCCAUAUUUUGAUUUUGGCGGCAGAUCUAUCACGCGCAGGGGUGGCAUACCGUUACCUGCCGAGCCGGCGUCGAUUAAAUGGGGGGAUCGCAAACCCGCCCACCAGAGCAGCAUUAAAGCGAUGGAACUGCUCCCCCUAUCAGACGCGCAAGUCCUGCUCAUCACUGGCGGAGAUGAUAACUGCCUUGCCUUUUCAACUCUCGGGUUCUCGGCCCCUGAGUCUGGUGCGAGCCCUAUCGACCGCUUCUCAACGGCUUCCUACCCGUAUGCGCACGCUUCGGCAAUUAAUGCUAUUACCCAGGUGCGCCGUACCGUUGGUGGUGUAGAUGACCGGGUGGUUAAAUUCCUGGUCGCUUCUAGCGGGAACGACCAAAGGAUCAAACUAUGGUCUGCAUCGGCUGAUUGUGUAGACGGGGAUGUUCAGGUAUCUCCGCAGGGCGACAUGUACACCGCCGUGGCCGAUCUGUCCGCGAUAGAUCAAUUCAUGGUGCAAGUCGAUGGAGUGUACAGGGAGCACCUUGUUCUCUGUGGUGUUGGGAUGGAACUGUGGGAAGUUAGUGAUGAUGCUAAGCAAGUAUAUGUAUGCAGCGAUUAA